GGGAGCAGAGAAAGCGUGCUUUACUGCAGUGCAUGCUGGUGGGCAAUGGUACUCAGGGGCCUCCCUGUCCCCACAGCAUAUGCGAGAGGCUGCUGAACGGCGGCAACAGCUGGAGUUGGAGCAUGAGCAAGCCCUGGCUAUCCUCAAUGCCAAGCAGCAAGAGAUCCAACUUCUGCAGCAGGCUCAGGUUGAAGCUAAGAGAGAGCACGAAGGUGCCGUGCAGCUGUUAGAGUCCAAGGUCCGAGAGCUGGAAGAGAAAUGCCGUGUUCAGAGUGAGCAGUUUAACCUGUUGUCCCGGGACCUGGAGAAGUUCCGGCAACACACUGGGAGUAUUGAUCUGCUGGGCAGCAGCUCAGUGGCCUUGCUGGAUGUCCCCUUGGCCCCUGGCAAGCCUUUCCCACAGUACAUGAAUGGACUAGCCACCUCCAUCCACAAAGGGCAUGAGGGCCCCACUGGACACUACUCUGUGAUUGGUGACUAUAUCCCGCUGUCUGGGGACAAGCUGGGCCCUCCGUAUGUGAAGCCCUCUUUCCUGUUGCGAUCCAGCAGCCCAAGAUGCAGAUUUGAGUCCGAGAUGGACAAUGACCGGAACUCCAACAACUCCAAGCAGAGCAGCUCGGGGAAGGUGCACCUGUGUGUCGCCCGCUACAGUUACAACCCCUUCGAUGGACCCAACGAGAACCCGGAAGCUGAGCUGCCUCUCACAGCUGGAAAGUACCUCUACGUCUAUGGGGACAUGGACGAGGACGGGUUCUACGAAGGAGAGCUUCUGGAUGGGCAGAGGGGCUUGGUGCCCUCCAACUUUGUGGAUUUUAUCCAGGACAAUGAGUCGCGGUUGGCUGGUACUCUGGGGAGUGAACAGGACCAGAACCUUCUCAAUCACUCCGGCAUCAGCCUGGAGCGUGACAGCAUCCUCCACCUUCACUCCCCAACUCAUGUGGACUCGGGCAUCACCGACAACGGUGGGGGGACUCUGGACAUGAACAUUGACGACAUCGGAGAAGACAUUGUGCCUUACCCAAGGAAAAUCACCCUUAUCAAACAGCUUGCCAAAAGUGUCAUCGUGGGCUGGGAGCCCCCCGCUGUGCCACCUGGCUGGGGCACCGUGAGUAGCUAUAACGUGCUGGUGGACAAGGAGACACGCAUGAGCCUCGCCCUGGGUAGGAGAACUAAGGCGCUAAUCGAGAAGCUCAACACAGCUGCCUGCACCUACCGCAUCUCCGUGCAGUGUGUCACGAGCCGGGGCAACUCUGACGAGCUGCAGUGCACGCUGCUGGUGGGCAAGGAUGUAAUAGUGGCACCAUCCCAGCUGCGCGUGGACAACAUCACACAGAUCUCUGCCCAGCUCUCGUGGCUGCCUACCAACAGUAACUACAGCCAUGUCAUCUUCCUCAACGAGGAGGAGCUGGACGUCGUGAAGGCAGCCAGGUACAAGUAUCAAUUCUUCAACCUCAGGCCUAAUAUGGCCUACAAGGUGAAGGUCUUGGCUCAGCCGCACCAGAUGCCCUGGCAGCUGCCUCUGGAACAGAGGGAGAAGAAGGAAGCCUGCGUGGAGUUCUCCACGCUGCCUGCAGGGCCCCCGGCCCCACCACAAGAUGUCACCGUCCAAGCCGGGGCCACCGCCACCUCUGUUCAGGUCUCCUGGAGGCCCCCUGCGCUGACUCCCACUGGGCUGUCCAAUGGAGCAAAUGUCACAGGAUAUGGCGUAUAUGCCAAAGGGCAGAGGGUGGCUGAGGUCAUAGCCCCCACAGCAGAUGGCACAGCAGUGGAGCUGGUCCGGCUGCGGAGCCUGGAGGCUAAGGCUGUGAGUGUGCGCACCCUGUCCGCACAGGGAGAGUCCAUGGAUUCUGCCCUCGCUGCCAUCCCCCCUGACCUCCUGGUGCCUCCAGCCCCCCACCCGAGGACUGCUCCCCCACCAAAGCCAUUAGCAAGUGACAUGGAUACCAAAGACCAACACCUGGGUCCCCACGUCAAAGUGGAUGAGUCCUGGGAGCAGAGCCGGCCACCUGGCCCUGCACAUGGCCACAUGUUGGAACCACCUGACAUGCACAGUGCUGGCCCAGGCAGAAGGUCACCCUCACCUAGCCGGAUCCUCCCUCAGCCACAAGGAGCCCCUGUGUCGACCACCGUCGCCAAGGCCAUGGCCCGUGAAGCUGCACAGAGGAUGGCUGAGAGCAACAGGUUAGAGAAAAGGAGUCUCUUUCUGGAGCAAAGCAGUGCUGGGCAGUAUGCCAACUCCGACGAGGAGGACGGCUAUGCCUCUCCUGAGGUCAAGAGGAGAGGCACGUCUGUGGAUGACUUCCUGAAAGGGUCAGAGCUGGGCAAGCAGCCCCACUGUUGCCAUGGAGAUGAGUACCAUACAGAGAGCAGCCGGGGGUCAGACCUUUCGGACAUCAUGGAGGAGGAUGAGGAAGAGCUAUACUCAGAGAUGCAGCUGGAGGAUGGGGGCCGACGUCGGCCCAGUGGUACCUCUCACAACGCCCUCAAGGAAUGCCAUAAGGCUAGGAGCUUGGAAGGCGCUUUCCUGGAGCAGCCCGAGUUCCCCCAACAGCCCCAUCGCAGUAAGAGACUGUUCAGUAUCCCCGAGGUAGCUGAGGAGGACACGGAGCAUGGCGAGCCGCUGCUCAGGCAGGGCAUGGGGUCCUCCAGAGCCAGGGCCUUGUUGGCCAUGGAGCGUGGGCCAGUGCGGUCCUGUUGGGGACAUCCAGUCCUACAAGGAUCCUGGUUCCCUGCAGAGCACAGGGGCCCAGGCAUCCAUAUGGAGGAUCUCUUUCUGGAAGACAGAGGCUGUCGGUUCAGCCGCUCGGCCACCAGGAGCCCGGACAGUGGUUUGGACUGUGGCAGUGAGGAGGAGGAGUCUCGAUUUAGUUUCAGGAGCACCUCGGCCAAGUGCAGUCCAGGCCCUGGUCACUGUCCCUGUAGGAGAAGCCCAAGGCCCCUGCUGGCCCGGAGGCGGACGCUGACCCGACAGAGCAGCAUCGAAGAGGACUUUGGGGAGCAGGUGGACCUCAGUGACGUGAUCAGGAGCGAUGACACCCAGCCCAGCCCGGAGAGGCCCAUGCCCAGGAGGGAUGGCUGGGACGAGGCCAGCGACCACGACGAUUUUCGGGGUGUCUGGAGGAAAAGCUCAGCCAUGCCCAACAGUAGGGCAGCUGAGCGCCUCGCACAGUCUCCUCCCCAAGUGGCAGACGGCCCUUUGAUUUUAGGAAACUCUGCUUUGAUGGGACGAGCAGACCGGAUGGAUCAUGUGAGCCGAAGGUAUCCACACGGCGGCGGAGGUCCUCAGAGGCACCGGCCGACAAUGGCGCCAUCCAUUGAUGAAUACACUGGGCGAGACCGCCUUUCUCCAGACUUCUAUGACGAGUCUGAAACGGACCCUGGUACCGAGGAGCUCCCGGCCCGCAUCUUUGUGGCUCUGUUUGACUACGACCCCCUCACCAUGUCCCCAAACCCUGAUGCUGCAGAAGAGGAGCUUCCCUUCAAAGAAGGACAGAUCAUCAAGGUAUACGGAGACAAAGACGCAGAUGGCUUCUACCGUGGAGAGACCUGCGCCCGGCUUGGCCUCAUUCCCUGUAACAUGGUCUCCGAGAUCCACGCGGAUGAUGAGGAGAUGAUGGACCAGCUGCUGAGACAAGGCUUCCUCCCCCUGAAUACACCUGUGGAGAAAAUAGAGAGAAGUAGAAGACGUGGCCGGGGCCACUCUGUGCCCACGCGGAGGACGGUGGCGCUCUACGACUACGAUCCGAGGGAAAGCUCCCCCAACGUGGACGUUGAGGCUGAACUUCCGUUCUGCACAGGAGAUAUUAUUACUGUUUUUGGUGAAAUUGAUGAAGAUGGAUUUUAUUAUGGAGAGCUGAAUGGGCAGAAAGGCCUGGUGCCUUCCAACUUCCUGGAAGAAGUGCCUGAUGAUGUGGAGGUCCACCUUUCUGAUGCUCCGCCCCACUACUCCCAUGACCCACCUAUGCGCUCCAAGGCCAAAAGGAAGAAGAGUGUUCAUUUCACACCCUAAUCAGGCAUGUAGCCUUCACGUAAGUGAGCAACCGAAGACACCUUAGAUACCGGCUUAAGCUACCCUAAGCGGACAGCGCGGUAGUCUUAAGACUUCAAUGUGGGCUUAAAGAGAGAGAGAGAGAGAGAAAGAAAGAAAUAUGUCUCAAAACACCCAUUGGACCUAAAGUAUUAGGCUAUCUCACCUGGUAACGGUUGCCCGGCAACUGGAUUCAUAGUGAAACGAAGCAUCUCGAACAAUCAUUUUUUAAAAUAUGUCCAUUGAGAAUAUGGGCAAGGCCAACCUUGGGAACAUAUUUCUUAAAGGUGUUUGUUUACACAGAGUGCGCCAGCGUGUACUCACAGGGAGAGCUGCCUAUUGCAUUGUCAGCUGCCCUCGGUUAAAAAGCACAACCGGAUCCAUGUGUUUACUGUAGCAAGUUUGAUGUGUGAUAGUAGCCAAGACAAAACUUCAAUCCCAGAUCAAGCCCUGAGGGGUGGCCUUAGCUCUGGGCAUACCAAAGCUGGCCGGAACACCCAGGGGCAGCCCCUUGACCUUAGGAGGAGGUGUUCCCUCUCCUCAAAGUGUGAUUAUUCAGAGCUCACGGAGGUGCGAGAGAGGUGCUGGCACGCCAAUGCAAUACUGUCUCCUGACUUGGCAGCUCCCAUGACUGCACUAGCUGGCCCCAUGGUAUCUUCAGGUGUGCUUUGGGUGCACCCCUAGGUGUUCUCCAUUAGAGUUAGACCUUGAUUUUAAAUCCAAGCAAGCUUGGGGCCCCCUUGCCUUGUAUGGUAUGCCCACUGUAUACCAUGUAUGAGUGCCCAGCUCUCACUUGCCAAGUUUUGCUCCGGGGAGUUCAGUGAACCAGAGGCCUGGCAAUUCCUGGCCGUGCUCAGGCGUGCAUGCAUCUAGCUGCAGAAUAAAGUGAAAUUGGCACUCAAAGCCCCUGAGU